AUGACUCUUCAACUAUCUUCGAGAGCAGGAGCGCACGCGGAAGACGCAGACCCUACACAAUCCCUCAAUACAGCAUUGAAGGAUUUCCAGAAUGCCUUGACAGAGGAGCAAAAACGAGAAUUUCAAAAAAGCGCCACGACUCCAGAUAUUGCGAGCGUCAUAGAGUUUGUCGCAGAAAUCGAUGCUAGAAAUAGCAGCACGACGAGGAGGUGCGUGGCUCCACGGCUAUGUACCUUCUUAGAGGCAACGCAACAGUUCACCGGUGUUGUGGACACAUUCGUUAGCUCUAGUCCAAUAGUGGCGGCCCUCGUCUGGGGAGGUGUGAAGACUGCUAUAUUGACGGCGAGCAAUGUGGCCUCUUACUUUGACAAAGUAACGAGCAUGAUCAUGCGCAUCGGCAAAUUUUCUCCGACAUAUCAACAAUUUGGCCUACUCUAUCCCGACUCUAUCAGUCUCCAACGUGCCCUUUGUGACUUUUACGCCAUCAUUAUCAAUAUGUGUGUCAAGAUAAUUCAAGUCUCCCGUCGAACCGCCCUCAAGCAAACUCUUUCGUCGAUCCUAAGUCCUUUUGAAUCCGAAUUUAAGUCGUCCUUAGACCUGCUGGAUGAAGCUACAAACAAGAUAAACCUCGAGGUAUCCCUCGCAUCAAAGCAAGCAGACAAGGAAGCGAAAAAGCUGCUAGAAUAUGAAAGCCGAGAGAAUUCAACAUUCCGACCAAAAGUCCUAGGUUUCUACAAGAAAUCACUGAAGCAACAAGCCGAUGCAAGCGAGUGGCGAAUAAAAUUGAAAAAAGGGGAAAUGGCGAAAUUGAAGACAAGCAUUCGAAACAACCUUUCUGCUAUCAACCAUGUCUCUCCUUGGAGGCAGACCAUGAAGCAACGUGUUCCAACCACGGCUGAGUGGUUUCAGAAAGAGUCGGUCUUUGAUGAGUGGAAAGACGACCCAAGAACCGCGAUACUCUGGUGUUUAGGCACCAUAGGCAUGGGCAAGACAGUGCUAAUGUCUAAUGUGGUGGAUCACUUGCAGUUACAUGCGGCCCGCAAGAGGAAUGAGACCGUAUCCUAUUACUUCUGCCGCCUUGACAAUGAGGCAUCUUUAUCCGCGAGGAACAUUCUCGGAAGCCUUGCUCGUCAAAUACUCGAUACUCAGAUUGAGCAAAGCGAGUAUGAAACUUUGCUCUCCUUGCAGGAGACCACCGAAGAUAUUAGCAGCGCGACCGACGUCGUUCGGUUCUUGUUAUCUCAUCUGCAGGCUGGCAAGGGUACGAAGUACUAUGUUGUCCUGGACGGACUGGACGAAUGUGAUGGCAGUCAAGUUCAAGCACUGGCACAAGCUAUGAUUGAACUCUGCAGCAACUAUAUCGGUUUCAAAGUCAUCUGUGCGGGUCGACCUGGUCUUGAAAAACGGUUCAAAUCGACCGCACCGCAGUAUAGAAUCAUGGUGAACGAGGAAAAAGUCAAGUCGGAUAUGGAUCACUAUAUUACCGAGACCUUGUAUAAGUGUCUGGACGAUGAAGUUUUGACUCUCGGGGAUCAAGCAAUCGUCACAGAGAUAUACGACACCUUAAGGGCCAAAUCAGACGGAAUGUUCCUCUGGGCAAGCCUCUGUAUCGAAGAGCUUUGCGCACAGAAUUGUGAUCAUGACAUCUUGGAAGCAUUGAAGCAGCUUCCACACAGCUUGGCUGAGCUAUAUGAUCGAAAACUCCGUCGUGUCCGAGAAGGAAGGGCCGCGGAGCAGGCAAUGAAGCUACUACAAUAUUGCGGGGCAGUGAAGCGGCCAUUGACAGUCACGGAAUAUCGAGAAGCCCUUAGUCUUUCCCUCGAACAAAAGUCCUUUGACCACACAAAGGUUCCCAACGACAUGGAUAGGAUCAUCAAUGGCUGUUGCGGAUUGACAUUCGUUGAUGAAGAGGAAUACACCGUACACUAUGUUCAUCGUAGUGUGAAAGAAUGUCUUUUGAUCACGAACGGCCCACACACGGCGCAAUUCGACAUGGCAAGCGUCGACCGGAAUUUUGGGUUCCUUUGUAUGACGUACCUGGACUUCACCAACUUCAAGCGUCAGUUGACGAAAUUUAAGAAUGGUUCUGGUAUACCUAUCAAGCCCGUUCAGUUCGGUACUAGUACUCUUCCCACCCACUCUUCUAGAAGAGUUACUGGCCAGAUGGUCCAAAGGAUUCUUUCACGUCAUCGCGAGCUGCGGCAUUUCAGCACUCGAGAGGUAGAGAGGACGGCGCAAGAAAUACUUGAAGAUGAGAAUUCUUCACGCCUGGAGCUAGAACUCCGGAAGCAAGGAUUUCAGUUUCUCGAAUACGCUAGGGCUUACUGGCACAGCCAUCUGACUGAUUUCACUCCCGAUAUGGACUGCAACAUGUGGCGGUUGUUUCGCCGGUGCAUAGAAGGCGAUGAUGUUCCUGCAUAUAGACCAUGGGAGUCGGAGCAGCAGACCCACAACAAGAGAAAUGAUAUACCAGAGGCUAUACAUUGGUUAUUGGCCCAUGAACAUUACGCAUUGCUUUUAUACUAUGCAAGACAUCAGUCUCACGUUUUGUCGGAAGAUGUGAAGAACGAAAUUUUUCGCAGCGCCGACAUUCACAAUCGUUGUCAAUACACUGAGGUGCUCGUCCGCUUCAAAGAUACCAUAGACAACUUGAAUCAUGCAUUGUCAUAUGCUGCACUAGAUGGAUGCACUCGUUCCCUAACAAUGUUGCUUCAAGCAGGGGCUGACAUUGACGCUCAAGUAAAUCACAGAACAGCCCUCCAAGCGGCAGCAGAACGAGGUCAGCUUGAAGCGGUGCAGACACUGCUAGCAGCAAAUGCCGAUGUCAACGCACCUCCUGCUGAAUUUCUUGGCCAAACAGCUCUCCAAGCGGCCGCGGGCAAAGGCCAUCUUAAAGUGGUGGAAGCACUUCUAGCGGCAAAAGCAGACGUUAACGCAUCUCUUGCUAAAGGUGGCCAGACAGCCCUCCAUAUGGCAGCAAGAGGAGGUCACCUACAUGUAUUACAGGCACUGCUAGCAGCAGAAGCAGACGUCAACGCAUCUCUUGCUGAAGGUAGACAGACAGCUCUCCAUAUGGCAGCAAGAGGAGGUCACCUACAGGUAGUACAGGCACUGCUAGCAGCAGAAGCAGACGUCAAUGCAUGCCCUGCUUUAGAUGGCUUAACAGCUCUCCAAGUGGCCGCAGCAGGAGGCCAUCUUAAAGUGGUGGAAACGCUUCUAGCAGCAAAAGCAGACGUUAACGCCGAAAAUGGCGCCCAGACAGCUCUCCAAGCGGCCGCAGGAGGGGGUCAUCUUAAGGUGGUGCAAACACUUUUAGCAGCAAAAGCAGACGUUAACGCUGAAAAUGGCGCCCAGACAGCUCUCCAGGUGGCUGCAAGAGGAGGUCACCUAAAGGUGGUACAGGCACUGCUAGCAGCAAAGGCAGAUGUCAACGCAUCUCCUACUAUAUUUAGGGGUGAAACAGCUCUUCAAUCAGCCGCAGGAGGGGGCCACCUUAAGGUAGUACAAACAACUUCUAACAGCGAACGCAGACGUUAA